GGAUGUGGUUAUUUGCGUGGUUUUCACGUCACAGUGCUUCUGACCUCGUCUUCGACCGGAGUUGGGAGCAGAGUCCACAUCAACAACAUCAUGCCGUUCAUCGAGUUACAGACCAACCUGGACGCCAGCCGCUUCUCCGAGGACUUCCUGAAGAAGCUGUGCUCCAGCACCGCGGCUGCUCUGGGGAAGCCGGAGGAGAGGAUGAACCUGGUGGUGACACCCGGGGUGAAGAUGAUGAUAGCUGGCUCCUGCUCUCCAUGUGUGAUGCUCUCUGUAUCUGCUAUCGGUGUGACUGACACGGCUGACAAGAACAAGGAGCACAGUGCUAAGAUCUUCCAGUUUCUGACCACAGAGCUUGGUUUACCUGAAGACAGGAUCGUUAUCGUGUUCCAUGCGCUGGAGCCUCACCAGGUCGGUAAGAAGGGAACCGUAAUGAGCUUCUUGUAAAGGGUGACGUCUCCAGUCUGUGUCCUGAAAUAAGAAGAUGAUGCAUAUCAAUUAUUGAGAGUCACUAACUAAAAGUAACGAGGACAUACUGUAUGUCCAUGUCAUCUGCUCUGUGCUGUACAGGAGAGUGAAUCUGAGCAUAGUGGGCGUUUGAAUGUUUUGAUUAAGGCAGAGCAGCUGGUGUGGACUCUGUCCAGUGAGGAAGACAUAAGUUAAAGUGCAGCCUAACUUCACCAUUCCAGCCUGGAUCAAAUCAAGAUGCUCUUGUAUGUUUGUCAUUUUGAUAAAUAAUUGAUUAAAGUCUAUAAAAUACC